UUUUUGGGUUAUGCAACGGAGCGACCGGAAAGAACUGGUUGCGAUGGACCUGCCAGCGCCCAAGGAAGAUGCCGCCGCCGCCGCCGCCGCCGCCGCGAGCUUGAUCGAGAAAGAAGACAAGGAUGCCGUCCUUCCCGCAUUUCUGAGUAAGACCUAUGAGAUCUUCUCCACUCCCAGCUUCGCCUCCAUCUGCGGCUGGAACGCAACCGGCGACACGAUCAUCAUCCACGAUCCCGACGUGUUUGUCAAGCAGGUGCUGCCACGCUUCUUUAAGCACCGCAACUUGCCGUCGUUCGUGCGUCAACUCAACAUGUACGGUUUCCACAAGAGCGUGCUGGACUCGAACAAGCGCGAAUUCCGCCACAAGAUGUUUCUUCGCGACAAGCCCGAGAUGCUUCGUCUUAUCAAACGCAAGGUGAACACAACGCCAGCUUCUUCCAUGGUGCCGUCUGCUGCCGCCAUGGAAAUGAAGCGCGAUGAGUUGAGCCAUGAGAUUUUAAACGAAAUGCGCAGCCUCAAGGUGAAGAACGAUCUCAUGGAGAAACGGUUGCGAGAUGUUGAAAUCGACAACGCUAUCGUGCGCAGCGACAACCUCAAGCUGUGGAAACAACUGGAGAGUGCGAAGGAAAAGCAACUGGUCAUGCAAGAAAAGAUGAAGAAAAUCCUGUGGGUCCUCUUUCAGAUCUACCGCGGCAAGCACGCCCAGGUUCCGACGCUGUCGACGGACAAGAGCGGCGCGACAAUUCUCACGGAGGAGUUGGUCGCAGGCACAAGUCGACUGGGCUCCAACGAAUUCCGCGACGCCCUUCGCUUUCUCGCCAUGGAUGAUCCGCCGCUUCUGCAGGCCGCUGAUGGGUCGCUGCCGACAACGUCGACGGACAAGCUCCAGCUUCCAAAAGGCGCAUUGAAGAAGCGCAAGUUUGUCGAAGUUCCAACGAUGAGUGCUCUCCCUGCGCCAGGGACGCCGGUCAACCACCUCCAGCACAACUCGUUUGCAGCACCUGCCUCGAGCGCCAAUGCUGUGUCCAACAUGCAAGAUCAUUUCUUUGAAAUUCUGGAAACGUCCCCACCACGCAUGCAGCAGCUCCAGAAGACCAUCAAGCCAAAGAAAGCCAAGACCAACAUGAUCGCGGACAACGCAUCGACGGGCAACGGGGCUCUCAGUAUCUUCUCGCCGCUUGGGACGUUCACGUCGUCGUCGUCGUCGUCAACAGUGAGCAUCCCGCAUCCAAUGGUGGCAGCCGCGGCGUCGCCUCCGCCGCCGCUCUCCCUGGAGAAAUCACACAGCUUUGACGGGACCCAGGACCACAGCAUUAUGCACACGGAUCUCAUGGACGACGAUCUGCUCUUGCAUGACGACUCGCUCAACUUUGGUGAAGUUGAGUCCGAGGUAUGUAUGCAUGGCUUUGAGACGACGUGGGCUGACAGCGACGUUGUGAAGAAUGUCAUGCGAAAGCUCGAAGAUUUUGAAACAUCUUUGCUCAACGAAUACGACGUGACUUGUCUCGACAGCCUGCUCAAGCAGAUCAACACCCAGCCACCAGGACACCAGCCCACGUCCGCAACUACGCCUGCGACGCAGCCCUCCACCACCACCACCACCUUAAUGUAGACGCCAGCGCAAAUAGAUAUCUAAGUGGCCUCCCCACCAACUACCUUAAUUAACAAACUCCUGAAGAGUCCGAUUCGUGUGACGGG